ACCCAAACACAACUGGAUCUCUAUCAGUGGUAGAGACGGGUGAUGACGUCACGUUGUCGCAGCAGACCAACUCUGGUUCCGAGUUCACGAGACAAAUGGACCGCGGUGCUGAUGUAUGGAUUUGUUGACUAAAUAAAGUUUCUAAUAAAAAACGGAACUGUCGAGCUUCCGGGUUCAAUAAAGUUCAUUUAAAACCACGCAGUGACGUCUUUACCACGCGCCGCAGUCGACAGACAAACACGUGUGUUUCCACGACCCGGACCCGGAGCCUGUGAUACCCGGACCCGGAGCCUGUGAUACCCGGACCCGGAGCCUGUGAUACCCAGUGAUACCCGGACCCGGACCCGGAGCUACCCUGUGAUACCCGGUGAUACCCGGUGAUACCCGGUGCUGUGUGUGUGGUUGUGGACCCGGAGCGAUGGCGGACCGGAGCCGGCUGUGCACCGUGUGGCUCGGUUCGGAGACCGGCAUCCUGAAGGGGGUCAGUGUGACCCGGAAACAGGCCUUCAACUUCUGCAACACGAGCCACCUGAGCCGGGACCAGGAGGUCCGCGCGCUGUGCUGGGGGGACCCGGCGGAGAGCGAGGUUCUGGUGGGCUCCGUGGACGGAACCGUGAAGACCUUCAGCACCGAGAAGGGUCAGUUCACCGACAGCCGGCGCUGCGGGGGGCCGGCGGACGGAGGCUUCACCGGGCUGGCGCUCUGCGGGGCCGCACUGGUCACCUGCGGGGAGUGCGGGACGCUGCGGGUCUGGAGGGAGGACAGCAGCGAGCCCGCGCUGGAGCUGAGCGCGGGGAACAACGUGUGCAGGAUGCGGCAGAGUCCGGUACACCGGGACCGGGUCGCCACCGGCGGGAAGGACAACGGGCUGAAGAUCUGGGACCUGCAGAAACCGGACGCGCCCCUGUUCACCGCCAAGAACCUGCGGGACGACUGGCUGGACCUACGGCGGCCGCACUGGGUCAGAGACCUGGCCUUCAUCCCGGACUCCGACAAAGUGGUCACGUGCACAGGUUACCAUCAGGUCCACGUGUUCGACCCUUCGUCCCCUCAGCGGCGUCCCGUCCUGGAGGUGGAGUACGGCGAGUACCCGCUCACCGCUCUGUCUCUGCCCGCCGGCGGCAGCACGGUGGUGGUGGGAAACACCCACGGUCAGAUCGCCCUGCUGGACCUGAGGAAAGGUGUGGUCCGCGGCUGCCUGAAGGGGCUGGCGGGGGGCGUGCGGGGGCUGCAGUGUCACCCCACCCUGCCCGUGGUGGCGUCCUGCGGCCUGGACCGAUUCCUCCGCAUCCACAGCCUGGAGGACCGCACGCUGCUGCACAAAGUCUACCUCAAGUCCCGCCUCAACUGCGUCCUGCUCGCCAGCAGAGACCUGGAGGACGGACGGGGGGCGGCGGGGGAGGGCGGGUCCCAGGAGGUGAAGGAGGAAGAGGAGGGAGGCGAGGAUGAGGUGUGGGACACGAUGGAGCGGGUGGAGGAGAAACCAAAGAGGAAAACUACAGAGGAAGAGGAGGAGGAGCUGCAGAAAAAGAAGAAGAGCAAGAAGAAGAGGAAGAAAGGACAAGACUGAGGGGCGUUUGGGGGUCGAUCAGAGUGUGGGACAUUUGAACGCCGUCAAACAGACUGAAAUCUGAGACUACACUGUCUCCAAAAUGUGUUUUCUAAUGUUCUGUCAGAUUUUAUUAAAACGACUUUAAAAGAA